GAUUCGGAACUUCGACAGAGAGUGAACGAGCAGAUCAACAGCUUCGAGCAAAAGCAGUACAUCAGUAAAGCAUCAAAGCAAGAAGCCGACAGUCUAGAUUCCCGCCGUGUCUGGUAUCUACCGCUGGGAGUAGUGAUCAAUCCUAAGAAGCCAGGCAAGAUUCGGAUGGUUUGGGAUGCGGCCGCGAAAGCUUAUGGAGUCUGCUUCAACGAUAUGCUGCUGAAGGGUCCGGAUCUUCUCGUACCGCUAGUAAACGUUUUACUGCGAUUCAGACAGGGGAAAGUCGCCGUGUGCUCCGACAUUCGGGAAAUGUUCCUCCGAAUCCUCAUCCGUGAUGAAGACAGAUGGUCGCAGUGCUUUCUUUGGAGAAGUAGUCCGGAGGAAGAAGUACAAGUUUACGUAAUCAACGUGGCGAUGUUUGGUGCAACCAGCUCGCCAUGUACAGCGCAGUUUGUGAAGAACUGGAAUGCUUCUGAAUACAGCGAACAGUACCCCAGAGCAGUGGAAGCAGUGACCAAGAACCAUUACGUGGAUGACUUCCUCGACAGCGUCAACUCGGUGGAAGAAGCAGUACAGUUGGUACAGCAAGUGAAGGAUAUCCAUGCAGCAGCCGGUUUCCAGUUUGGGAAGAUACUGUCCAACGAGCAGGAAGUGCUAGACCGACUAGGAGAGACGAGUACAGCGAUCAGUAAACCACUGCCAGUAGACAAAGACCGAACAUACGAACGUGUUCUGGGCGUCACAUGGAUUCGAAAGAUGCCUUCACAUUCAAUAGCCAGGGAUUGGAGGAAGUUCUAGGUGCCGAUUGGGCGAUACCAACAAAGCGCCAGGUCCUGCGUAUCGUGAUGAAGCUCUACGACCCCUUAGGAUUCAUCGCACACUUCGUCGUCCAAGGGAAGAUUCUGAUGCAGGAGAUUUGGCGGACAGGUACAAACUGGGACGAGCCUAUUGCGGAGCAACCACGCGAACUUUGGACAAGGUGGAUGGAGCAGUAUCAGCAGAUCAACGAAGUAAACGUUCCGCGCUGCUUCUUCAAAGAUUUCAGCCCACAGCAAGUCAGCGAUAUUCAGAUCCAUGUGUUCACGGAUGCGAGCGUGUCCGCCUGUGCGUGUGUGGCCUACCUUAGAAUCACAGUAGAUGGAGAGAGUCAGUGUUCGCUGAUCGCAGCAAAAACUAAAGUGGCGCCUCUUCGAGCACUUUCUAUUCCACGUUUGGAAUUACAGGCUGCCAUGAUGGGUUCCCGUUUACUACAGAACAUCUGCUCGGCCCUAACCAUCAACAUUCACAGGCGUUUCCUGUGGUCAGAUUCAGCAACAGUUCUUGCUUGGCUUCGCUCCGAUAGUCGUCGGUAUCAUCAGUUCGUCUCGAUCCGUGUCGGCGAAAUCCUGUCGCUGACUAGUGUGGAUGAAUGGCGCUACGUUCCUUCUCGCGAAAAUGUUGCGGACGAUGCCACGAAAUGGAAUAGGGGGCCUUCAUUCGAUCCGGAUUGCCGUUGGUACCAGGGUCCAGCAUUCCUGCAUGAUCCGGAGAGUCAGUGGCCUGCGGAACGACCAGGAAAUACAGUCGAAGCAGACGCAGCGGCCGAGGAAAUUCGCCUUGUAUCAGUACACCAUACAGCAGAGGAAGUGGUAGAUGUGCAACGUUUUUCUAACUGGAACAGACUACUACGAGCGACAGCAUACGUCCACCGAGCUGUAGCAGCAUGGAAGCACCUGACAAGCGGGACAAGGUCGCUCAAAAUACUCAGCCAGAGUGAGUUCGCGAAAGCAGAGGAAACACUAUGGCGGCAGGCUCAAGCGCAGGAGUAUCCGGAAGAAGUUCAGCUGCUGCGCGAAGGACAAAGUGUAGCGAAAGUCAGCCCUAUUCGAGCGCUGUCUCCAUUCCUGGACGAGAAAGGAGUUCUACGAGUUGGCGGCAGAAUCGGACAAGCUCCAUCGAUUCCAUACGAAGCGAAGCAUCCAGUCGUGUUACCGAGAAGCCAUCGGAUCACAUAUCUUGUUGUGCUUAGCUUCCACCAGCGAUUCCUUCAUGCGAACACCGAGACAGUGUGCAACGAGUUGAGACAACGUUUUCACAUUCCGAGGAUGCGAACAGUAGUGCGCAGCGUGUGUCGUAGCUGUCAGUACUGCAAAAUCAGGAAAGCAGCUCCAGUUCCACCGAUGAUGGGACCGCUUCCGAAGGUUCGUCUGACUCCCUUCAUUCGUCCAUUUACGUACGUCGGCGUGGACUACCUGGGUCAUUUCGAAGUGAAAGUCGGUCGCAGUAUUGUGAAGCGGUGGAUAUGUUUGUUCACAUGCCUCACAGUUCGAGCAGUUCAUCUGGAGCUAGCACACAGUCUGUCAACGAAGUCUUGCGUGAUGGCGUUCAGGCGUUUCGUUAAUCGGCGAGGAGCUCCGCUAGAAGUAUUCUCGGACAACGGUACCAACUUUGUGGGAGCUAGUCGUCAGUUGACAGAAGAGAUCCAGCGAACCAAGACCAUUAACGAGGAUUGUGCGGCUACGUUCACCAACGCCUGUACGCAGUGGCACUUCAACGUUCCUGCAGCCCCGCAUAUGGGAGGUCCGUGGGAGCGAAUGGUAAAGUCCGUAAAAGUAGCAAUGGCAGCAAUAUCCGACAGUCCGCAUCAUCCGAGUGACGAGGUGUUCGAAACCAUAAUGUUGGAAGCAGAGGGGAUUGUUAACAGUCGUCCACUGACCUACGUUCCCUUAGAAGCAGCCGAUCAUUAGAAUAUCUGCCGAUGCUAACAAGGAGGACGAAAUGGUUUGAGAACGUGAAGCCGCUGGAGCCUGGUGACCUAGUCGUGAUAGUAGAUGAACAGACACGGAACAGUUGGGAAAGAGGACGGAUUCUGGAGGUCUUUCCGGACAAAGCAGGUCAAGUUCGACGUGCAGUAGUACAGACAGCUCGAGGAGUCUUCGCCAGGCCGGCAGUGAAGCUGGCAGUCCUGGAUGUUGGGAGAAACGACAAGAAGGCGGAUGAAGUCGCACCGGAAACGGAAGUGGUUCACGGGGCGGGGAAUGUUACCGGCAACACUGUUGACCGCGAAACGGCGGUGAAACCACCGUCCGUUCCCUCGCAACUGAGCGGUUGUCAUCGGGCGGACUGACAGUUCGGGCAGCAGCAGACAGAACAGAGAAGAAAAACAGAUUCAUUCAGACUUCGCUUGUGCACAGUUAGUCAGCAGUUUGGCAGGCAUUUAAUAUUGUAUUUACUGGAUUAUUUCAAUAGUUUGAAGUGAGUUUCUUGUGAACAAUUAGUUUGAAUUAUUAUACUAAAAUUAUUCUGUUAUAGUGAAUAAGAUUACAGCAGUUUUUCGGACGUAGUCAGCACCGCACAGUGAAUAAUAUUUCCAGUCAGUUGAGGUACGUUUGUGAUAGAAAUUAACUUUGGUCAGACAGUGCGAAACAGUAUAUAACCUAAAAUUAAACUAUGUAAAUUUCAAUAGAUUAUCUAUCCACGUUUUCUCGAUAACCGACAUACCUGGGAAGCGACAGAAAAAUACUGAAAAUGUAAGUCUUAAUUCAACAUCUGUUAACUGACCACCGACUAAAUAACAUAAAUAAAUUACAGCUUUGUAGCUGCUAAGUCUGCAACUAAAAGAACGGUGUUUGUUCUGACGAUCGGGAACAGAAAGCUUAUGAGUGUUUUGUUAUGGUUAUGGUAGGAUUUCGUCCGGGUGCCAGUUCGCGCGCGUUUGCUUCGGUGGUUCGUUUUUUUUCUUUUUCUAUUCCGAAGUGAGCAUUUCGACGGCGGCGGACCCAGCGUGCAUUAGUGUUUGGUAGAAUUUCGUCCGGGUGCCAGUACGCGUGCGUUUGCUUCGGUGGUUCGAUUUUUUCUCUUUCUAUUUUGUACUCCGAAGUAAGCAUUUCGACGGCGGCGGACCCAGCGCGCAUCAGUGUUUGGUAGGAUUUCGACCGGGUGCCAGUGUCGCGCGCGUUUGCUUCGGUGGUUCGACUUUUUCUCUUUCUAUUUUGUUUUCCGUAGUGAGCAUUUCGACGGCGGUGAGCGUGCGGUGGACGCGUCGUGGAUCGAGUCGGUUCCGAAUUUUUCGCUUCCCGUCGGCGCUAGUUCCCAAUACACUUUUAGGUGAUAAUAAAUAUUUUUUUUUUUUGACACAUUCUACCGUGACGUUACAACGUUUUGACGCAUUCGUAGUCAGAUUUUUCACUAUGACUCAUGAAAACGAGCGUAAACCUCAAAAUAUUUUUUUAUAUUCGGAUUCCUUGUAAAAUUUCUGAUAUAUUUGACCUGUUGAACGUUUAGUUUUCAUUAGAAAAACGUGCUCAAAAUGCGUAUUUGUAGCGUGACGUUACAACGCGCUAGAAUCCGACCCUCUCUAACGCGCUACCAACAUCUUAGAAAAUCUGCUCGGAUUUUUAUGAUAUUCUGAUUUUUUUUUUCCACCAUUGAAAUUUAUUGGUUUGUUCUUCAAUUCAAUGGAAUAAAACAUUUAAAUAUUGGAUUUGUUUUUGGAUAAUCGACUUUUACAUUUCGUGACGUUACAACGCCCGUUCAGUUUCAAACAGGGUUCUGCUCGCGUUGUAACCUGAGACGAGACUCGCGAAGAGGAAAAAAAGCAACGUCAAGUGCAGCCCAACUGAGCUGUCAGUUGUAGCCCGUUUGAUUACGUUACCUAAAACGAGUAAAGUAUUGCUAUCCGAGAUAAAUUCUGAAACCAAAAUUCACUCCGAGCAGCAUUUUCUUCUCCUGUACUGUAAAAAAUAAAUUGAAAACAAAAUAUUCCAAUGAUUACUUUGCUUGGCGAUUGUUGGCGAUGCAAAAUUUCACCUCAACAUGAUUUUGUGCGUAAAUGGGAUUCAGUCACACUGCAUGUGAGGUGAUGCGGUCACGUACGUGUUUGAACCACCAGCCCAAAACAUAAUAUCAACACAGAUAGGAAGAAGAAAAAAUAACAAAGUGAAGAAAAAGAAGACCGUCUUCGCGAGUCUCGUCUCAGCUUAUGAGUAUACGGUUUGGACAACGCAACGACGGAAAUGGUUCCUACGGGUUUAACUAUUUGAGACGAGCAAUUUUUUUCUUUUUCUCGACCGACGAACGCGAUUUUUAAGCUGCGGCAACUAACAAAGUGUUUUUCCACUGCCAUUUGCUCAACUGUCAAUGAUGCGCGAAAAAAUCGAACAUUCAGCAUAAAUUCGGGGUUAUGAUUUAUGCACUCCAAAAAUUUUCGAUGAGCAACAUAACUAACAAAUGCCUAACAUUGUCGAACGCCUAACUUCCUCCGUGCUGGG